ACCCAUAGGUCCCGCAGAAGCCGCUGAGUCCGCAGAAGCCGCUGCGCCUGUGGAACCCGCUGCGCCCGCGGAGUCCGCCGAGCCUGCCGAGCCCGGGGCGUCCGCUGCGCCCGCAGAACCCGCAGAGUCCGGGGAGCCGGCUGAAGCCGCUGAAUCCCAGGGGCCCGUGGCACCCGAGGAUGGCCCUCAGCCUGAAGGUGGUCAAGUUCUUGACAGUGAGGACCCCCAAGAUGAUUCCGAAAUUUCCAGCAUCAGCUGCGGCAUCUGCUGUUACCACCGCUUACAACUUAGACUCCAUCGCAGAGGAGGCUUCGUCCGCGCAGCGCUGCAUUGGGACGCGCGAGGUUUGGGUCAUUUCCCAUUUGGCGGCUCCUUCUUCGCGGCCAUGAAGCGGCAGAACGUGCGUACCCUGUCCCUGAUUGCCUGUACUUUCACCUACCUACUGGUGGGUGCCGCGGUGUUCGACGCCCUAGAGUCAGACCAUGAGAUGCGAGAGGAGGAGAAACUUAAAGCCGAAGAGGUCCGCAUCAGAGGCAAGUACAACAUCAGCUCUGACGACUACCAACAGCUGGAGCUGGUAAUCCUGCAAUCUGAGCCUCACCGCGCUGGUGUCCAGUGGAAAUUCGCGGGUUCCUUCUACUUCGCCAUCACUGUCAUCACAACUAUAGGCUAUGGACACGCUGCUCCUGGAACUGACGCUGGAAAGGCCUUCUGUAUGUUCUAUGCUGUGCUUGGCAUCCCUCUGACGCUGGUCAUGUUCCAGAGCCUGGGCGAGCGCAUGAACACCUUCGUGCGUUACCUGCUGAAGCGUAUCAAGAAGUGCUGUGGCAUGCGCAACACUGAUGUUUCUAUGGAGAACAUGGUGACCAUCGGCUUCUUUUCCUGCAUGGGCACCCUGUGCCUCGGGGCAGCUGCCUUCUCCCAGUGUGAGGAGUGGAGCUUCUUCCACGCCUACUACUACUGCUUCAUUACACUGACUACUAUAGGAUUUGGUGACUUUGUGGCCCUGCAGUCCAAGGGUGCCCUGCAGAGAAAGCCAUUCUAUGUGGCCUUCAGCUUCAUGUACAUCCUGGUGGGUCUGACCGUCAUCGGUGCUUUCCUCAAUCUCGUUGUCCUGCGCUUUCUGACCAUGAAUACCGACGAGGAGCUUCUGGAGGGAGAAGUUGCGGAGAUACUUGCUGGAAAUCCAAACAGAGUGAUUAUCCGUGUGCCAAACAGCCGCAGGCGUCACCUAUCCAUGUCCUUCUGGAAGAAAUACGGCAGGACCCUGUGCUAUCUCUGCUUUCCCCAUGCUGCCGGCUUCCAGGAUGAUGACGACGACGAUGCUGCUGCUGCUGCUGUUGCUGCUGCUGCUGCUGCUCCUCCUCCUCCUCCUGCUGCUGCUGCUCCUGUUGCUGCUCCUUGUGUUCGUGGCAACAUCAAGAAUGUCCGGGCUACUGUCCACUCUGUUUCCUGCAGGGUUGAAGAGAUCCCUCCAAACCUACUGGCCAACAGCUUUCUCCGGCCCCCAUUCAUCAUGGUUCCUGGGAUGCACACCUGCGGGGAGAACCACAGGCUGACCCUCCGUCGCAAGUCCAUCUAAGUGUGGGGAGGGAAGUAGACGAAGAGUCAUUUGUCAUGCGGAUGUAAGUUUCAUUGUCCCAACUCCUCUUUCCCUCCUUAUUUAUUAUUACUCUCUUUUUUUUUUGUGAUUACUGUCAUCAUCAUUCCUUUCUUUCUUCCCUCCUUUCCUGGUUUCAUUUCUUUCCUGCCUUUCCAGCCAGGCAGAGCUGUCCAAAGGGAAAAUAGAGGCCCAUCCUCUCUGAAACUCUCACCUGAGCAUGAAGCAUGGAUUUCUUCCUUUCUCCCCAGCAGAGUUAUGCCUUACAUUUCUCCCUACCCUGCCUCCUCUCUCUGGGGUGGCUUUCCUAGGACAGGUGUGAGAACAAGAGCACCAAGACAGAGCUGAGAGGAUGCCCAUCUCGAAGCCUUUGACUGCCUACCCGUAGUGAUGUCUCUGACCUAACUCCUCUCUUCUUCCCCAAGGACUGGGUGGCUGUGCGUAUGCAUGUGCAACAUGAGUGUGUGUGCUUCUGUGUGCAGGUGUGUUGUGCGACAAGGUGGAAAGUAUCAGGUACUCACUCCCCCUUUUCAUUAACAGUCUCCUUGAGGCUGCUUUCAAACAAACUAAACCUUGCAAGGUUGGAUUUAUUACCUUGCCAAAUUGAGCACAUCCCAUAAGGCACUUUUGACCCAAGAUGGAUCAUAUGGCCAUAGUUUCAAACAGGUAGCUUCUGAGUCUCACUCACUUCUUUUCAGGGUGUAGGUAGGCAAGACCACAGGGAUCAAGUUAACCUGCCAGUUUAAAAUUAAAUAUUAAGAAGUGUGCACUUUAUGGAACUGGUAUGCAUCAUUGACACAAGAAAGCAAAGGUGUCAAAGGAAUAGUCAAGAGCCACUAGUGUCAACUUACUCAAGACAUUUUUAAUUUCAGUAUUUCUAGUUCCAACAGUUUUUCCCCUGCAUCUGGAGUUGUCAGGGUAAAUAGGAAAAUUGUUGGGACCCAAGAGUAUCUAUUUUAUUAUUUUCCUCUUUCUAACGAUGAUGACUAUGACGAUGAUGACUCCGAAGAGCCUCUACCUGCAUGGAUAAGAGUCCUAGUUUUGGAAUGCUUGGAUGAGAAUGGGUAUCAGAAUGAUGAUGUGGUUUUGUUUCCUAAUAAGAAAGUGACAGGGCAGUCCUUGUUAAAAUAUAUAUAUAUAUAGAGAGAUAUAUAUUUCAGGAAACAGUGUCUCUAAAAUGCGCUUGAUCUAUAAAUAGGGAGAAGUUCAUGUUGGUCUCAGGAAGAGUUUUAGAGGCUGUAUCUUGGCCUACUGAGAACUUGUGAAUCUCAGGGGAUGCUUUUGUCUAGGUAGUUGAGAAAUUCCUCCCCACUCUCAAUAAAGGAUGACCCCCUUAGGGGACAGUUGAGGCUAGAGAAUAUGGCACAUCAUAUGUAGGCCCUUUCAAUUGCAGGAGUCCAAGGGCAGCUUGGCCUCCACAUUCACUGAGGGACUCUAAUUUCUCUCAUCGCCAUCCCUGCCAUCUCUAAAAGUCACUCAUCCACUCAUCCUCCCACUCCUUCUUCGUAUACUGGAAGUUCCUGGCUUUUGGAUGGAAAUGGGCUUUGGCUACACUACGCACGCACAAGGAACGCACUUACUGGUCUUCAAGAUUUCUUAAAGGACACAGCAUCCAAAUGCCACCAGUCCCAAGCAUGUGUGCCACUGGGCUGAAACCAGGAGCAUCCAGGACUCCUCUGGAAAGUCAAUGCAUGCACUUAAUGCUACACCCUAUGUUGAAAUAUCCCCUUCGUCUAGGACACGGGACCUUCAAAAGGAGUCUGUGAACCUUAGACUCUCUUGGCCAAAGUUGACAUAUUCAAACUUCGAGGUCUUUCUCAGUUUGCUUGUCUGAGAUGUUGUUGUAUGGAAUGCCCUGCACAGGGCUCUCAAGUCUGUCCAGAGAAUAGAAGCAAAUCACUCUUCUUGAAUGUUUUUGCUCUGCAAAGAGAUUGUUGGCUCUUUCGGGUCACAGACGUGACAAUCCUGAUGCCUAUAUGCAGAGUAAUUUACGCCUCAGAGGAGGCUUCCUGGAACACAUGUAGGAAUUCCCCCUGAAACUGUUGUAAGAUUUGCCCUCAAAUGAAGGUGGGUUAUGUGUGAUCAUGGCGCUGAGGCACUGAGAGAACCAAGGAUCCACUCUCAGUCCCUACCAAGAAGGGUCCAGAAGGUGGACUCCCUGACACAAAGGUGUCUGGACUCAGCCCUCCAGUGGAGGAGGCACCUUGCUCUGUGUCUCCACAGGGCCAAGCAUUAGGCCCAGGAGUUAAACCAGAGGGACAUAGGCUCAGUCUAUCUUCAGAGGUGGCUUCUCACUCAUGUGUCUGUGCAAAGUGGUCACACAGUGACCAUUGUGCAGGAAGUAUUUAAUGACAGGGAGACCCCUCUUCCCAGCAAAAUAUAGACAACACCUAUAUUCUCACAGAGCUGAUACCCCCUUCUGUAAGGCAAAGGGCUGUAGAGUGAAUUCUCUUUCCUCCUCUCGAUAACCACUGAUGGAAGUAAUUGAAGUAACUUGUACUUGGUCAUCAUUCUUGUAACCCUCCUAUGUCUUUGGCUAUUUAUUGCCAGUUCAGAAUUGGAAGGAAGGGCACCAAGUUGACUCUUCCAAGCUUAACAUAAUAGCACCAAGGGAGGGAAUGAAUUUUCGCUUAUCUCCUUGGGAGUGGCUCUUCUCCAAUGGCCGAUCGUUCCUUAGCAUGGGACCUGGUGAGAUUGUUCUCUGAGCACAUCUGGUGAUGUGCUCCUUUGGGGUGAGGGCAGGGAGAAGUCAAGUUCUGAAUGACUCUCUUCUUUACAGGAUGGGAGUGGGCCAUUUCUAUGAAGAGCUUGCCAGUUAAGACCAAAGGCCUCCAUGCAAUGGGAGCUCCACUGACUCCCUCAUUUUCAGAAGAGGAGACAGAUUCAGAAGUGUCAGCAUAUAUGAAGUCAUGUGUCCAGAAUAUAGGUCUUUACCCUUCCUUUUGCUGUUGUCCUAGCUGCUCUGUCACUGUUAUGUACAGCAUUCCAAAGAUCCCCUAUUGCUGGUCUUUAUUGUGUCUCUGGCCAAGGCCUCUCUCCCUGUCUCAUGUACUUGGUAACUUCUUUCAGCCAAGUGGUUAUUGUACCUUUCCCUCCAGUUAACCAAACCCCUUCAAUAGACCUCAUGUCAGGUUGUUUUCAUAAGGGAUUCAGCUUCAGGAACUGGAGGCUGGCUUGCUGUCCAGUGCCUGGAAGUCAAUUUGCCUUGUAUAUACCUAAUAAGAUAUCUGACUCACUUGAACUCUUCACUAAGUGAUCUCCAUCUUUACUUCAUCAAGGACAGGAAGAAGUAGGCAAUGGUAUGAAGUAACCCAGAGCUCUGGGAUUGCUUGAUUUCUAGUGUUCAUCCCAUUUUGACCCUUCAAGGUACCCAUCACAGGAAGAAGGUGCUGUCUCACCCAUUAGCCUGUUAGACUUUGAACAUCAGAGGGAAAUUUCCCCUCUGGGUUUUGCGAUCCUCUCUGAGCCCCCAAACUGCAACCAGCUGUGUUCUUUCUGGUUGCCCCACUCAGUCUGAGGCCAUGGCAACAGCCUCUAAGACCAGAAACCCCAUGAUCCAAAUGCAAUCUGUCACUCUCUUGUUGAGGUUGUGAGAGCCCAUGGUGGGUGAUUGACUGAUGGGGUGCCAGCAGCAUUCAGCAGGGCCAUAGCAGAUGGGAGCACCUAUGUGUCCUCUAUGCAUCAGAUUGAGAAGACAUCUGGAGAGCAGAUAA